AUGGCGCUCGGCUUGGCGGUGUAUCUCGAGCGGAAGACGCUGCUAUGGACCAGCGCCUGGGCCCUGGCUGCAUCCGCGCUGGUGAUUGCCAAGGGUUGGAUUUCUGUGCCAGAGCCAGUCAAUUCUUUGGAGACGCCGAUCCGUGCAGUUGGAGCACUUGUGGUCACCGUCGUAACUCUGCUACUUACCCGCAUCUGGACCGGUGUCAAGUAUCAGAAUGCUUGCAGCAAGGCAGGCGAGAGAAGUCCUGUUCCCGUCCUUCCUUCAUCUAUCCCCUUCUUUGGCCAUGGACUGCAACUUGUUUGGAACACAGAUUCGUUUCUGAAGAAAGCCAGGGACGAGGUCACGCAGAAUUUAUUCGGACUGAACCUUUUUGGCACGAAGCAUGCCAUUCUGGGAUCCCCCACCGUGGUUGUUGAUGAACACGAAAAGGUGGAUGAUGAAACCUUCGUUUCCACUAUCCGCAAAAACAUCUUUGGCUUCUCCAGCGAACAUCCAGCGGUGAAUUCCUCCGAAUUUUACGACAAGAUCUUUUCGGAAUCGAAUAUGGAAUCACUCUCUAAGAAGGCGGUGAUCCUGCUGAAAGAAAACAUACCAGAUUUCAUCACUUUUAAUGAAAGUUUUGUCGACCAACAGGCUUGGGAACGGGCAAGCCUGACGACUUUGGUUGAAAAUACCGACUCCGAAAAGGACCUCUCAGAGUCAACCCUAGACAUGCUUCUUCGAGACUUUGCCGGCCACAUCAUCAACAAUGCUUUUGCCGGUGUAGCUUUCAUGGACGACUAUCCCGCGUUCAACGAGACACUCCAAGGUUUUGAAUCCAAGACUGGCCUCCUGGCGACUGGCCAUCCUCGUUGGGUCCCCAUUCCCGGGCUCCCGGCAGGCUACAUUGCGCGCAAGGGGCUGCUUGCAAACACGAGCAGCAUACAGAAGUCUUACGAGAGAGAGCUCGGGGGCGAGGACAUCAUCUCGACGGAAGAGAACGUGGGGGAUUUCUCAGCAGCUUUCACCACGUCUCGACGCCUAUUUACGGAACAGAAGGUGCCUUCGGCAGUGCAGCCCCAUGUCGACCUCUACAUGUUUUGGGCGUUGAACGCGGCAGCUCGCGAUCUGAUCUUCUGGAUGAUGAUCCACAUCCUCGCCGAGCCCGGUCUGGCGGAACGUGUCCGUGAUGAAGUCCGCCCUUUUGCUCGUGCCACGCGGCCGAAGAACGGCUUUGGGCUCAUGGAGCCGCCACAAAUCAACUUCGAUCUCGAAGGGCUGCGGACCAAAUGCCCGCUGCUGCUGAGCUGCUACAUGGAAACGGUGCGGCUGUACAACACGGCGUGGUCUGUCAGCAGAGCGAAGCAGGACGUGGUGCUCAGCGAUAAGUCGGCUGGCGGCGUCGCGGUGGAGUACGUAGUCAAAAAGGGCGAGUACGUGGACGUGUCCAACAGGCUGCUCAAUACGGACAGCCAGCACCGGAGUGCGGAGAAGUUCAUUGCAGACAGAUUCGUGGUGCACGACGAGAAGGGAAAGGCAGUCCGGGCGGACUGGGGCACGGUCAGACACGACAAUGGCAUGUGGCGCAUGGCGGGGUUGGAGGUGUUCGCGCAGAGCCUUUGUCUGGCUACGGUGGCCGCGGUGCUGGGCGUGUGGACGCUGGAGCCGGUGGACAAGGCGGGCUGGAAAAUACCGCGGAGAGGCGACGGCCCGCUCACGGCGCGGCCCAAGGGCAACGUGAGGGUCAGGAUCGGGCGGGCGCCGCUGGCGAGCGAAUAG